UUUUCUCCUCCCACUGGGAUUUUCUGCUUCUAGGUUUUCUUUGCGCGUAUGUAGUAUCAAUGUUAUGUCGUGCGGCAACUGCAGAGACUACUACGAACCCGGUUCUCUACUCUUCUCCCACUCUUCAUUUCUUCAACUCCGUGUAGACAACAGCAGGUAGAAUGAGCAGAUCCAGUAGACAUAAAGAGAAGCAUGGUAAAAAUAGUGAACCUUAUCAAGAUAAUAACCAUGAAGGAACUGCUGCUCGGACAAGGCCUUUCAGCUUCGAUGAAAUUAUGCUCAGGAGGAAGAACAAAAAAUUGUCUGAAAUUGUCAAAGAGGGAGCUGCAGAAGCAGAGAAAGCAUUGGGUGAAAUCAUGGUUGCAAGUGUUUCUGAUCGUUAUGAAUCUGAAAGGGAUUUCAAACAUCAUAAGGAAUCUUCCUGUGUUGUUGAAAAACUCUCAUCAAAUAAAUUUGCAAAAUUAACUUCAAAAAACAAAGAAAACGAUAUUUCCAGGAGUGAGGAAAAAGUAGUUAAACAUAAAAAUGUUGCGAGUCCUGUGACAGAAAGGAAAGUGAAGGCUGAAAUGAAGAAAGAUGCGAGCAUUAAGGCUAAACAUAUUACCAAUAUUAGUAGUAGAAAAAAAAAUAGUGAGCGGUCAAAUGAUAGAUUUGAUAAUGAAACUGAAGGGAAGAAAAUAAGAGACUUAAUUGGUAAGAGUAGCCAGGCAGAGCUAAGUAGUGGAAAGUUUGAAAGAGAGAGCAAGAGAAAAUACCAAAAUGGAGAUGAUAAGAAAAAUAAGGAUAGGAAAGCUUCCAAGAGAAGUGAGCUAAGAAAUGAUUCUGAUAUUCAGGAGAUAAAAGAGCAUAAGGAAUCAUCUAAAUUUCAUCAGGAGGAUAAGAAGGUGAAAAGGAGACGAUCUAGAAGUCGAGAUUGUGAGGACAGAAGUAGAAGAUCUGUUUCUCUCUCACCUAGGGCACGCAAAUAUACAACUUAUCACGGGCGAGAGCAUGGGAAACCCUCUUCACAUGGUGUUAAAGCUAGGUCUGGAAGACAUCAUUAUGAUGUUGACAGGGAUAGAAUUUCAAGUAAUGGCACAGAUAACCACUAUAGGCGGUAUAGUGGGUCCACGAGUGGCCUUGGUGGAUACUCUCCAAGGAAACGAAAAGCUCCGGCUGUUACUAAGACCCCAUCUCCUACCAAUAUGUCACCAGGGAAGAAAAAUGCCAAGUGGGAUCUUGCACCUGCAGGAACAGGUGGCAUUUCUUCUAUGUCAGUUGCUUCUAAUUUUCAGUCAGUGGCCCAAAUUAUAGUCUCAAGUGUACACGAAGUGGCUGCAAGUACAGUGAAAACUCCUACUGGUGCUUCUUACAAUGCUAUAUCAGCAAGACAGAGUACUUCUGUUGACUCAGUUCAACUAACACAAGCAACUCGACCAAUGAGAAGGAUUUAUGUAGAAAAUGUGCCAGUUUCAGUCUCUGAAAGAGAUAUGAUUGAAUGCUUCAACAGCUUUUUACUUUCUUCAGGUUUUAAUCAUAUCCGAGGAACUGAACCAUGUAUCAGCUGUAUUAUACACAAAGAAAAGGGGCACGCGUUUGUGGAAUUUCUUACACCUGAGGAUGCUUCAGCAGCUCUUUCAUUUGAUGGCUGUGCCUUUGGUGGUUCCAUCCUGAAGAUCAGACGGCCCAAGGACUUUGUUGAAGUGAUAACUGGUGAACUGGAGAAAUCAGUAGCUUCUGUCAAUGCAGUUAGUGAUGAUGUGAAGGAUUCACCUAACAAGAUAUUUGUUGGUGGAAUUUCGAAGGCUUUGUCAUCUGAAAUGUUUAUGGAGAUUGCAAGUGCAUACGGACCUUUAAAGGCAUACCACUUUCUUAUCAAUGAGGAUCUUAAUGAGCCUUGUGCUUUCUUGGAGUAUGUAGAUCCGUCGGUUACCACGAAAGUUUGUGCUGCCCUGAAUGGUAUGAAGUUGGGGGGACAAGUAAUAACUGCUGUUCAAGCCUUCCCAGAUAUAUUAUCCCUGGGUAAUACUGUAAACCCGCCGUUCUAUGGAAUCCCUGAACAUGCGAAGCCUCUACUCCAAAAACCCACGCAAGUUCUAAAGCUUAAAAAUGUGUUCAAUCUAGAAGUCCUCUCAUUUUUGUCUGAAGCCGAAGUGGAAGAAAUAUUGGAAGAUGUAAGGUUAGAGUGUGCCAGGUUUGGCACUGUUAAAUCUGUUCACAUGAUGGAGUUUGGGGCCAAUCUUAUCACUGGGGAAGAAAUCAGUAAUUUGGACAAUGUGAUGGGAGGUGGAGCUGAGGAAGUGAAUGCAGAAAUGGACGAGUUGGAAGUCGUUAAUCAUGCAUCAGGAGUUGCUGAAGUAGAAAAUAGUAUCAAUGGUGGGAAAGCUGAGGAAGUUGAUAAAAUUGAAGGUGGUAAAAUUAGGGACGUUAAACCUGUGAUGGACUGUAUGGAAGAUGAGCUAUCCGAGCAGAGCAAUAACGUGGGCGUGGAGGACUUAAUCCUUGAAACCAUAUCCGAAGAAAAUUGCAAAAUACUUGCCAGCCAGGGACCCUUAAACGGCAAGACAGACGAUCAUGACGAGAAGAAGGUUUGUGACAUUGUUGAAAGAGAGAAUGUUGGCAUGGGAAACGUAAGUAUUGAAACUGAUGGUGGUGAGCGGACACAGGAAGAGCCGGUUGAGGAGCACGAGUGGAAUGUCGAAUACAAAUCGGAAGCAGGGUGUGUUUUUGUGGAGUAUGGAAGAACAGAAUCGGCAUGCAUGGCUGCACAUUGUCUACAUGGACGAUUAUUUGCUAACCAGGUUGUGAGUGUGGAAUAUGUUCCUCUGGAUGAUUACCAUGCAAGAUUUCUGAAAUAAAUAUAAAAUAUUCUGUAGUGCCAUGGUUCCAUGUGACAAACUCAUUGAUAUAAGGCAUGUUGCCGUGUAAUGACCAUCACCAUUCUAACAGCGUUAUGUUGAUAUGGUCUAAUAUCAAUCACCUUUUGCCCUUAUUAUCUUCA